CUCGCACUUUCAUACCCUCUUCUUUAUCUAUUUCUCGCACCAACUUAGCAAUCACUAUGCACAAUCAAAACCUUAAAAACCUUCAAUUUCUUCCGCAUCUUGCCCCCAUGAACCUUAAAUCAGUUUUAGAUACCAUUUUUUGAUCUCUCACAGACAAAAUUAUCACGUAUAUUAUUGUCCUUUUCUUUAAAAAUACUGCAAACCAAGUGUUCAAUCAUUCUACAAAAUGAGAGCCGGAGGUUGCACCGUGCAACAAGCCCUAACCACCGAGGCGGCUACCGUCGUUAAACAGGCGGUGACUUUAGCUAGACGGCGAGGCCAUGCCCAAGUUACCCCUCUCCAUGUAGCUAACACCAUGCUUUCUUCUUCUACUGGUUUACUAAGAACUGCUUGUCUUCAGUCUCACUCCCACCCUCUUCAAUGCAAAGCUCUAGAGCUUUGUUUCAAUGUCGCUCUGAAUCGUCUUCCAGCUUCAACUUCAAGCCCUAUGUUACCUACUCAACAAUACCCUUCAAUCUCUAAUGCCCUAGUUGCAGCUUUCAAGCGCGCUCAAGCUCAUCAACGACGCGGCUCCGUCGAAAACCAGCAGCAGCCGCUUCUAACUGUGAAAAUAGAGGUGGAACAGCUUAUAAUAUCCAUUUUAGACGAUCCUAGCGUCAGCAGAGUAAUGAGAGAAGCUGGUUUUUCAAGUACUCAAGUGAAGAGCAACGUUGAACAAGCGGUUUCUUUAGAAAUAUGCUCUCAAAAUAAUCCUGUUAUUACCAAUACCAAGUCUAAAGAGAGCAACAUCAGACCAUCUGCAUCACCAACAACAACUUCAAUUACUUUAGACAGUUCAGUUAGUAAUGAAGAUGUGAAGAGUGUUAUAGAGAAUUUAAUGAAUUACAGAAGAAAAAAAAGUAUUGUGAUUGUAGGUGAGUGUCUCUCUACUAUAGAAGGUGUUGUUAAUGGAGUCAUGGAUAAGAUUGUAAAAGGUGAUGUUCCUGAAGAGUUAAGAGAGGUUAAGUUUAUACCUUUUCCAUUAGGGCAUCUUUGUUCUAGGGUUGAGGUUGACCAAAAGCUUGAGGAUCUUAAGGUUAUAAUUAGAAGCUAUUUGAGCAAAGGAGUUGUGUUGAACUUAGGAGAUCUCAAGUGGGUUAUUGAGUAUAGGGCUAAUAAUAAUAAUAAUAAUAAUUUGUGUCCAAUGGAGCAUAUGAUCAUGGAGAUAGGGAGAUUAGCAAGUGAAAUCAUUGAAAAUAAUGGGAAAUUUUGGCUAAUGGGAAUUGCAACUUUUCAAACUUUCAUGAAGUGUAAAUCUGGAUAUCCAUCACUUGAAACUAUUUGGGGUUUGCAUACUCUUACAAUUCCUGCAGGCAGCUUAAGCUUAAGUCUCAUCGCCGACAGUGAUGUACAAAGUCGGUCCACAAGCAAGAAAAUAGAUCAAAAUGGGUCUAGAUGUUGGAUUAUACUUGAAGGUGAAGAACACAAAGAACUCAAUUGCUGUGUUGAUUGUACAUCCAAAUUUGAAAAUGAGGCUAGAACUUUACAAAGUAGUGCUUCCACUACAACUUCUAAUCUUCCUGCAUGGCUUCAACAAUACAAAAAUGAGACUAAAGGACCAAAUUGCAACAAUGACAAGGGUUGUGUCUCUAUCAAAGAUCUUUGCAAAAAGUGGAACUCAAUUUGCUGCUCAAUCCAUCAUAAACCCUAUUCUUAUGAGAAAACCAUCACCUUUGCUUCUAUAUCACCUUCUUCUUCUACUUCUGGUUUCUCAUAUGACCAUCAAUACCCUAAUUUGCACCAAACCCAUCAUGACUGGCCAAUGGUUGAACCGAAGCAAUCAUGGAGAUCAGACCACCAAUUUUGGGUUGGUUCAGAAUCUGUAAGCAAGAUCAGUAGCUGUAUCAGCACUGAACCCAGUCUAAAAAUGUACAUUCCUGAACAUCAUCAUCAACCCAACCCAACAUUACCAUUUUUAUCGAACCCUAACUCGAGCACUCCGAACUCAACUUCUUCCAGUGAUCUCAUGGAGACGGAUCAUCAGUAUUUUCACAAGUUCAAAGAAAUGAAUGCUGAGAAUCUGAAAAUCUUAUGCAAUGCCUUGGAGAACAAGGUACCGUGGCAAAAAGAUGUAAUUCCUGAAAUCGCGAGCACGAUCUUACAAUGCAGAUCAGGCAUGGUAAAAAGAAAAGGAAAAUGUCAUGAUCAUCAUCAAGCUAAAGAAGAAACAUGGUUGUUUUUUCAAGGAGUUGAUAUAGAAGCUAAAGAAAAAAUAGCUAAAGAAUUGGGUAAGAUAAUUUUCGGUUCGAAUCAGAAAAACAACUUCAUUUCAAUUUCUUUAAGCUGUUUCUCAUCUACAAGAGCAGACUCAACAGAUCAAGAUUGCAGAAACAAAAGAUCGAGAGACGAACAGAGCUGCAGUUAUAUCGAAAGAUUCGCAGAAGCUGUAUCGAACAAUCCACAUAGGGUUUUUUUAGUGGAAGAUGUUGAACAAGCUGAUUAUUGCUCGCAAAUGGGUUUCAAAAGAGCAAUUGAAAGAGGAAAAAUAACAAAAGCUAGUGGUGAAGAGAUUGGUCUUAAUGAUGCUAUAAUUAUUUUGAGCUGUGAAACUUUUAGUUCAAGAUCAAGAGCUUGUUCCCCUUCUACCAAGCAAAAAACUGAGAAUGAUAAUAAAAAUAAAAAUAAUUCUCAUAAAGAAGAAGAUCAGAAAGGUGAUGAUGGUGCUAUAAUGGAGGAGUUAAUUAGUCCUUGUCUGUCACUUGAUUUGAAUAUAUCCAUUGAUGAUGAUGAUAGUGUUGAUGAGGUUCAAUCUAUCGAUGACAUUGGCCUUGUUGAAUCUGUUGAUAGAAGAAUUGUUUUUAAGAACCAAGAGUUAUGAGAAAUUUUAAUCAUGUCAGUACGUUUUUGAUCUUAGUGCUUUUUUUGUAUUUUUCUUGUUUGGUUAGGUUUUAGAUUUUCAUAUAUAUCAUUUCUAGGGUUAGGGAGGUGAAAGAAAUUUGUUUUUUUUUUAUAUGUAAAAUCAUAUUGUAUAUUAUUUUCUUCAUGCAAUAUAUUUUUUCUUGCUUCA